AUGCCUUAAAAUUUCUAAUUCUAACCUGAAAAAUCGUAUCUAAAGUUGAUUCAGAGUUACAAAAUAUAGAGCAUUAAAAGAUCUAUAACCUAUUUUAUAUAUAUUUAUAGAAUUAGCAAUUAAUAUAAGCAAAGAUAUACAUGUAGCAUUGAAUUAAUUGAGAGAACAAAUGAUUAAAAGAGUUUUAAUUGGAAUCAAGAAUCCAAUUAAUAUCUUUAAUUAAAUUGA